GGCAUCUAAUAAGGAAAUUACUGAAGUCGAUUGUACUAUGCGUUUGCUAUUUUUUAGAGGAAACUAUCAAAAUGCUAGUCCUCAAUUAUGCACUGCACUAGACAAGUUUGCAGAGAAAUAUCGUUUAGCAAAAUCAAAAUCUAUUUCCCAGCUUACUUCCUAUCUCUAUGACCUUAAUCAUAAUUUAGCCCAACAGCCCGUGUUCAAAGUGGUUCGAUGA